AAGAGCAAGCCGGAUGUAGGCAGGAGGCGGGGUUCUAAACAUCCUCGAAGAUGCGGACAGCUGUUGUGCAAGUUUAGCAUUCACGUUAACAUGCCAUACAGGCGACCUGCGUGUACGCCACCUGACACGUAGCCCGAGCACGAAGCCAUCCUUUCGGCGUUACGAUUCUUGUCCGUCGUUAGGUUAGCGUGGGUCACACUUUUUGAAUGAUGCGCCUUUGCUAGCAGGCUAGCACGACGCCGCUAUCCGGUUUGUUUACGAGCCACGUCACUCGGUUAACGUCUUGAACGAGCGCCCCGCAGCAUGAUGGAGUCGCUGCUCGACUUUGAGAAGUGCGUCAACGACGCACCUGAGUUCAGACUGAACCUGGAACGGUUUGAGGCAGAUGUUGCUCUCCUGGAGACACAGCUGGAAAAGGUGAUGAGGCUGUGCGGCAAGAUGGUGGAGUCGGGACAAGCGUACGGCGCCGCCAAUCAGCUUUUCCUGGGCAGCCUGGCCGAGCUCUUUGUGCACCACAAGGAUGACGGCGUCGUCACGAACUGUCUUAGCCAGUUCAAGCAAGGUCUGCAGGAGGUGCUCGCCUUCCACACGAUGUUGUUGGACCAGACCCAGAGAGCCAUCACCCAGCAGCUCACCAACCUGUGCAAGCAGUUCCUGCCGCAGCUGGCGGACACGAAGAGAGAGUUUGUGCGCAUCGGCGAGGACCUGGAGACGGCGGCGCUGAAGAACGCUCAGGUGUCUCGACACAAGGCCGCCGACGCAGAGCGGGCAAGCCACCUGCUGCUCGCCACCCGCAAAUGCUACCAGCAUUUUGCCCUGGACUACUGUCUACAGCUCAACACCUUCAAAACUCAGCAGAGGAUUGAAGUCCUGAACUCGGUAUUCUCCUUCGUCAACGCUCAGUUCACGUUCUUCCAUCAAGGCUUCGACCUUCUCAGAGACCUGGAGCCCACUAUGAGGGUCAUGGCGGCGCAGCUGUCUCAGUGCUCGGCAGACUGUGCGAGCGGAAGAAAAGAUCUGGAGAACUGUCACCUGCUGGUCCAGCAGAGAGAUGCUUCAGGAGAGACGCUGGUCAGCCCGUGUCCUGGCAGCGAUGACAUCAUCCAAGGUUACCUUUUCAAGCGCUCUCGACGGAAGGCCAAAACCUGGAAGAGAUGCUGGUUCUUCAUCAGAGACAACCAACUUCUUUACAGGAAGUCCCACAAGGAGGCGUCCGUGGUCCUGUUCGAGGACCUGAGACUCUGUGCCGUCAAGUCUUUGGACCACUUGGAGCGCCGCUUCUGCUUCGAGCUGCUCUCAGUGCAGAGGUGUUGCCUUCUGCAGGCCGACUCGGAGCACGUCAAGUUGGCAUGGGUGUCCGCCUUGCAGGGCAGCAUCGACAUGGCGUAUCGAGAGCGAGGCGACGCCCAACCCACUCAGGCACGCCAUUUACCAAUAAUUGACAUCUUUGUCGGCGACGCGGCGUCAUUGAAGUCCUGUGUCCUCCAGUCUAAGGAGCCCCUCCUUCCACGUGAAGGCGACAACUCAUCGGCCAAUCAGAGAACGCCGGCGCUGGUUGUGGCCUUGCAGGGCCCCGGGAACCAUCGGUGCUGUGACUGCGGCCAGCAGGAACCACGGUGGGCGUCGGUCAACUUGGGCGUGACCAUGUGCAUCGAGUGCUCCGGGAUCCACCGGAGCCUGGGCGUCCAUCUGUCCAAGGUGCGCUCGCUCACGCUGGACUCGUGGGAGGCGGAGCAAUUGAAGCUGCUGUGUAUUCUCGGAAACGACGUGGUCAACGAGAUCUAUGAGGCGCGGUGCUCAGAGGGAGGAAGAGUAAAGCCCACCAAGGACAGCCCUCGCGCUGAGAAAGAGGCGUGGAUUCGAGACAAGUACGUGGAAAAGACGUUUGUGCGGCGAGAGAGCGGCCCAGAGCGCACACAGCGGGACAUGGACGAGGCCGGGCUGCGUCUUUAUCGGGCCGCCGUGGCUGGAGACCUGGUCGUCAUGGCAACGGCUCUGGCACAGGGGGCAGAGGUCAACAGGUGCGUCGCUGAGGAGGAGGGACGCGCGGCCCUGACAGGAGCGGCCGUCGGGGGGUCGCUGCUGGCCUGUGAGUUUCUGCUGCAGAACGGAGCCAACAUCAACCACAGAGACCUGAGAGGACGUGGCGCACUGCACGCCGCUGCCACCGCCGGACACACGGGGCAGGUGUGUCUCCUGUUGAAGAGAGGGGCCAAUCAGUACGCUGUGGACGAGCGCGGACAGGACCCGCUGGCCAUCGCCGUGGAAACGGCACACGCAGACAUCGUCACGUUGCUGCGCAUGGCAAGGAUGAACGAGGAGAUGAGAGAUUCCGAAGGAGUGUUUGGAGCAGCAGGAGACGACCAGACCUUUCGGGACAUUUUCAGAGACUUCAGCGACAUGGCGUCACAUGAUCCUGAGAAACUGGCCAGACGCAGGUUUAGCCGCGGCGGAGACGACCACAUUCCGUGAUUGGAUUCCUCACUAGCUGGUCGGUACCACUUUUCACCGAGUCUUAACACGACUGAAGCGUAGAACAUACAGUAUGUCUUAAAUAGAAUAUGCACGCAUCAUAUGUAGUCACUGGAAACAAUGCUAACUGUGCUGCUUUAGAAUCUAAAGGGGACCUAUCAUGAUUUUUAUUUUAAAACACUUCCUUGCGGUCUAGAAAAUACGUAUUGGAUAUGCUUUGGUGUAAAUUUUGCGCCGUCACUUUUACAAGCUGUUUUUUGAGUCCGUCUAGAACAGUGAUCCCCAACCUAUUUUCCACCAGGGACCGGUUUCAUGUAGGGGUGUAACGGUACACAAAAAUUUUGGUUCGGUACGUACCUCGGUUUAGAGGUCACGGUUCGGUUCAUUUUCGGUACAGUAAGAAAACAACAAAAUAUUAAUUUUUGGGUUAUUUAUUUACCAAAUUUGCAAAAUCUUCCACCAAAAAUAUUUUUCUUAGUGGAAUAUUUGAUGUGAAGUAAUGGGAACCUUGGAUAGGUCAAUAAUUCAUAAUAACAUUGAUUUUGAUUGAAUAUUAUGUUUUGAGCAAUGACAGUUUGAAAGAAAAAAAACAGCUUUGUUUUAUUAGUCAACAUUGCAACUUUUUCUAAAUUACAUUUAACCUUUAAGCUUUUUUAUUUCACUUUUGUUAUGUUUUUGUUUAUUUUAAUAGUAUUUUUUAGAAUGUGCCGUGGGCCUUUAAAACAUUAGCUGUGGGCCGCAAAUGGCCUCCGGGGCACACUUUUGACACCCCUGUUAUAGAUAAUAAAACAUUAAAUCUGAUAAAUCUAUGGAUAAAAAGCAGAGCCUGGCGACGCAUGCGCGUUUAUCAUAACUCUCUCGCUCUCUCUGUCUCUGCCCCUCCCUCACCAAUGCUGCUGCACGCACAAUUUGUUUAGUUUUCAACCCCUUCUUAACCCUGAACAUACAUUGAAAAUACACACAACCCUAACUCAAAAUGCCGGACAUUUGAGGCAUUUAAGAAACUCCGCCCUGACAGCUCCGCAAAAGAGGACAUGUCCGGUGAAAAGAGGACGUAUGGUCAGUCUAUCGUAGCCCGUUAGCUGCUAGCAUGCCGUGUGUUGUGCCUCGGUGUGCAUUGUUUACACAACGUGCGUCACGCUACUUAAUAUGUCCGUGUGGAAACCCGUUCGGUACACCUCCGAACCGAACCGGAACCCCCGUACGGAAACGGUUCAAUACAAAUACACGUACCGUUACACCCCUAGUUUCAUGUAUGCAUUAUUUUCACGGACCGGCUUUCCACGUGUGGCAGAUAAAAACAGCAAAAAAAAUGUGCAUGAAAAAUCAACUCACCAUAACACUGAAGUAACGGGAGCGUCUUUCUUUGCAAAGAUAUUUUCCUCGGCACGUUAAUGGCAUAUACUAUAUACCAGUGUUUCUUAACCAUAGGUUGUGUUGGGACGCGAGCGCCCCCUAGAAUGUAACAUCUGUUUUUCGUAUAGGCCGCCGCGACACUCAGUUGUAAUUAGGGAUGGACUUCUUCACCCCAGAAGCCGAUUCGAUAUGCAUCUCGAUACAUGAUCACCGAUACGAUACAGUAACGAUACAAUGAAGCCUCUUGCCGAUACAAUGCAAUGCGAUUCACUCCUAUUCUUGAUACGAGGCGAUUCAAAAUGAUUUAAUAAUGAUACAACAUAGACCUUACAAAGGGGUUCAGUUCGAUUAGUUGUUUUAUUAUGCAGUACCAUUCGAUUCAGAAAUGUUUAAGUCUACAUCCAGUCUCUUGCCUCAGCAGCUUAACUCUGCCUUACUCUCUGUUUGAACUUGAAGGUUGCAUUUCACAUUGCUUUUUUUGUGUGGAGUAAACCAAUGAGCCUAUUUAAAAAUGACAAUUCACUAUUUGAAAAUUAAAUUAAAUGUUAUUAUUAAGCACUCCUCUCUGCUUAUUAUGUUAACCCAUUUUGUUUUGACAAAACAUAACUUUACAAUUGUAGAGGGCACUCUCCACUCCAGUAUGAGCAAUUUGCAUGCUCAGUGCAAACAAUCAUGACUGUUAUGCAAAGAAAAAUAGUGUCUAUUAUACUGGUAUUAACAUAAAUUUGUUAGUUGACCAAGUACUGAGUGUAAAUAACUGUAAUUUGUUUGUAUGAGAAAUAAAUAACAAAAAACAAGUUUCUGAUAAAAAUAGAAAUAUAAAAUACUAUUGGCAGAAAGUUUCUGCAAACAACAAUACUCUACGUCUCUUCAUGUGUGUAGCCAGGUUUGUCGUGCUACUCACGAUUUGAUAGCAGCACGGCAUUCUUUCGUAUAAAACACUAAGUAUUUCCAUACGUUCGAUUUAUGCGAGUGUUUGGGAGCAUCGACUAUCUCAUCACUGUCAUCCAUGUCGCGUGCACUGUUCUGUGCUGCUCCUUCCCGGAAGUGAGUUUCCUUAUGUGCCCGCCCCGGAAAUAGGACAGAGUCAGGGCUGCCAGUCAGAUCUCACCGCAGACCUCCGUGGAUCUUACGUGAAAAAUAAACAACGAGUUUCUACGACAAGUGACACUGGGCUGAGCAGGAACAUUUAGAACAUAUUAAUAUCGAUCGAACGCAUUCAUUUAACUGAUACAGAGAGGCAAGAGCCGAUGCAUCACAAACUUGCCCUGUCGUUUACCGAUCCAUGAUGGAAUUUAUCGGUGCAGUCGCAUCGCAAGUGUUUGAUUCGAACCACCGGUGUGUAUCGGUGAAUCUGUCCAUCCCUAGUUGUAUUACACUUUUUUACCACUUAUGGCAGUAAUGACAAUAUAAAACAAACAAGAAGUCUGGCGCUAAUGUCAGGGAAAUUUCUUAAGCGCAAAAAUUAUGACUAAAUUUGUGAAGCUGUAUUUUAAUUUGCGCUUUAAUUUUAUUGACAGUUUAGUUAAGAAACAUAUGUAUCAUUAAUUUAGUUUAUUGAUUUUAGCAAAACAUAUUGUAUGUAAAUGUAUAUUUGGUUAGUAUUUAUUUUUCAAAUCAGGCUGACCUAAGCCUAAGGUUUUAUUUGUUCAAUUAAUAAUAUUUGUGAUGAACACAUGCUUUUAUAUCAUUUGACAAGGUAGUAAACAGUAAAUAGAUGACAUAUAAUUAUUGAAUAGGAUCAAAAUCAAGAGUAAGAUUACUAAUUCAGUGUUAAUAUUGGAGUGGUCCCCGGGCUCCUCUGUAUUGGAAAAGUUGGGUCCCGAGGUCAAAAAGGUUAAGAACGCCUGCUAUAUACAAUGACACUUUGCCUUUCCUUUCUUUUAAAUGGACAACAUUUAAAUUUUUUAACAGCUGAAUAGGCAGCACAGUUACAGUAUAAAUAAAUAUUUAUGAAUUAAUUAGUCAUCGUUGUUGUUAGUAAGCACAUGCCUAAAUUAACUUAAGCUGCAUUUAAAAGUCCAAUGGAAAAAUUAGAGCCAUUAAAUGUGUACGCUUUACUAUCCGAUUAGUCGACUAAUCGUUAAGAUAGUCGUUGACUAAUCGACUAUCAAAAUAAUCGUUAGUUACAGCCGUAGUAUAAAUAUAUAUCUUGAAGUCUUCACCGCUAUUUUUGUUCCCCAGACAUGGUCGGAAUUAAAUUUCAUGAACAUUAUAUAGAUUCACCCGGUCACAACAAUAAGUACACACACACACAUUUGCCGAUCAAGCCAUAGUGCAUAAAAACAUCUGCUUCAGCAGCAUUAUUAUGCACAUGCCACGAUUAGAUGAAAGUAAUAUUUGACCAACGUUUCCACUACAGAAGAGUCCGGGGCCCACUCAAAUAUUAACACUGAAUUAGUCAUCUUACUCUUGAUUUUAUUCGUAUUCGACAAUUAUAUCUAACACACUUACAGUUUAAAACCUUGUCAAAUGAUUUAAAGCAUGUGUUAAACACAAAGAUUAUUAUCUAGGGUUAGCUAAGGCUGGUUACAAAAAUGAAUACUAAUCAAAUAUACUGCAAAGGAUAAGAAAAGUAAAUGUUACCUAUGUAAUGCUAAUAUAAAUUAAUUAUAACAAAAUUAUUAAUAAAUAAGAAUGAAAUUUAAGCGCAAAUGAAAAUACAGCUUCACCACUUUAGUCAUGAUUUUUGCGCUUAAGAAAAUUCUCUAUGACUUUCGCUCCAGACUCCAGUUUGUUUGAGAUUGUCCUUACUGCCACAUGUGGUGGAAAAGUGUAUUACAACCCAUACGGCUCACAGUUGAGAAACUGCUAUUUAUUUGGCGGCCAUCUGGGCGCGAGCAACAAUAGGAAAACACUGACUGCGUGGGUUCCCUUCGGGUAGGCUCCAGCACCCCCCGCGACACCAAAAGGGACAAGCGGUAGAAAAUGGAUGGAUGGAUGAAAAAACCCUGCUUUGUCAUUUCUUAUUUGUGUGUUUUUGUCACAGCCUGAAGCAGAGGGGGUGAGAAUUGUUUAAUUUUCCUGAGGGAACUCUCCUGAAGGAAGCAAUAAAGUACUAUCCAUCUAUCUAUCUAAGCUACUCCCCCUCAGGCUGAGAGUUUAACUUAAUGUUCAAAUAAGUACGUCCACCUCGCUAUGAUGUCACAACGUACCCAGACUGCAAAGACCUCGCCAACAGAGGCCUUCAAAGUGGCGUGCAAGCUCACGCCAAAAUGCGUGAACCUUAUGAUUUGGCACUGUUAAACCCGAUUAUCCAACAUUUAUAAAUCAGAAAAGACGACAUUCAUCAUGGGUCCCCUCUACGGUUUUCCUGUGGCGCCAUCAUCAGGUCAAGACUGGAAUGACUUAUGAUCACAUUCCUGUCCACUAACUUGUUUGCAUGCUAACAACACACUAAAGUCAGAAAUAGUGAAACCUCAGCGUGUUAGCACUUGUCGCUAAUGCUAACGAGGCAGGCAGUCCAAGAACUGCGAGGAGAUGAUUUGUACAACAAGGGUGUCCAGACCUAAUAUCUCAAUUUAAUUUUCACUUUGUGCCGAGGCAAUAAGAAAAAGAGCUGUGGGCUUUGGACACCCCCUUAUAUAAGCUGUGUCAUUACCAGUGUUGGGUUAGUUACUGAAAAACAGUAACUAGUUACAGUUACUAGUUACUUUAUUUCAAAAGUAACUCAGUUACUUACACCAAAAAGUAAUGCAUUACUGUGAAAAGUAACUAUUUAGUUACUUAUAUAUAUUUUUUAAUUUUUAAUUUUUUUUUAAGGCCCCAUUAAUGCCCUUUUAGCCUUCAUUUCAGUACUGUUAUUGCAGUGGAGAAUAAUACAAUGUGUUGAUCAACUUGACAUGCAUUUGCAUCACUGAACUCUGCUAAGCACUGUGGUCUACAUACAACACACAAAGACAAAGAUAUGUUUCAAAGGGCCGAUUUGUUUCAGCCAGAACAAAUUGACAAAACUAUUUUAAAUAGCUGCAACAUAACAUACAUAAGUAACAAACAGCCUAAUAACAACAUAGCUGUAAAGCAAGGAAGGCACACACUACAUACACAAAGCCUAACCAGGCGUUUUUUUAUCUCAAGAAAUUCUGAAAUAAAAUCAUGUCUGAAGCCCAGAACACUCUACACAUUUCCCCAGUUUUAGUUUAGAGAUAAGGAAAGAUUGGCCUGGCCCACUAGCAUCCCUCUUUUGUGAACUUUAUAGUCUAUACAUUUAGAGUGAUGUGAUAAUCAAACACUCUAGAAGUGUAGAAUGAAAGAGCAACAGUAUAUAAGAGAAUUGACAGAGUGUGUACCUUCAGUGCCUCGUUAAAAUCCAGCCGCUGUUGCUUAGCAGGUGAAGUGUCUCUCUUUACCAGCUUCGUCAAAGCAUGUUGCUUUUGUAGCUGUUUCAGCAGAUUUGAAUUGCUGUUUUGGGCAGUAGAUAGGAUCUUUGAUCCAAGACACAGCUUACAUUCAACUAAAAUGUUAUUUUCUUUGUGGUCGACAAAAGAAAAGUAUUGAGAAUAUCUCCAUGUUAAGAAACUUGGUUUCGGGCUUCGCCAUGUUUUGUUAGUAAACACAGACACCCCCCCUCCCACACACACACACACAUACACACAGACAGCCCGCGGCGCGCCUCUUUCUUGUCGCCUCUUCCGCAGCGCUGCAAUAAAACACACUCAGAUCUUCUCGGUUUCUAGCCGAUACUACAUAAAAAAAACCGUGAAAUAACGCAGUAACGGUAACUGAGUUACUGAAUAUAAAAAAAAUAAUGCGUUAGAUUACUAUUUACCGCCGAAAGUAGCGGUACUUUGUAACGUGUUAGUCCCAACACUGGUCAUUACCCAGCAUGCACCUCGACGUUACACUCGGUGAGCUGAAAGCUUGUCUGGGACCAGUGUCAGUAAUUGAUUAAAACAUUUUUUAAAAACUAGGAAUAUUCAUGUUUAUAAAAAGAUGUUUCGCCUUGGCGCUAAGUUAACGUGCAGCUAACGUUUCUCGUUUACUCGACCAAGAAAGGGAACUUUUUUAACUGGUGGGUGUCACCUCAGUGCUUGUGAUGUUUCCAUCAACCAGUGGCCUUUUGUGAAGAUUAGCUAUUUCAAAUGAAGCUCACACUGCUGCUCAGACUGAAUAUUUAUGAAGUUGGAGGCUGCUAAAAAAAACAUUUUAUGUAGUUUUAAUGUCUCUUAUGAAUUGUUUUGAAUGAUAUAUUUUAUUCACCCUUGGCUGUUACAGUGUGUGAUGCUAACAUGUAUUAAACAUUUCAAACACAAAGUCUUGUUAUUUUUUUUGCCUAGCAACAGAAAGUCAUAAGCCGUGUUUACUAUGCGCACUUAUAACAUUUUAUUUAAAAACCAAUUGAGAAAUCUUUACAUUAUUUUCUUAACCUUUAACGACAGCCUGAAUAGUUGAUGCAUUACUUUUGUGUUAAAGGCACUUCUACAAAAGUCGAGUUUCUUUGGCGUGUUUCAGUCCGAUGAGCUUGGCGCUGCAAAGUCCCACACUGUGAACACCCCCCAAACGCCUCUCAGUUCUUCUUCCUCUUCUUUAUACUCUCCUCUGGCUGCCGCUCUCCCUCCUCUGACGUCUUCCUCUUUGGUUUCUCCUCCACCUGCUCCAUGGCGGCCCACACCUCAUCUUCCUCCUCCUCCUCCUUUACUUCCUGGGAGGCGUCGUCCACGGCGUCCUCCAGGGGGCGGCUGGCGAGGAGGAGGCAGUUGAGGCGUGACUUGAGGUAGACCUUGUGUUGCACCUUGCGGUCCUCCAGGCUGUGG